GAAGAGAGAGUUUUUUUAUUUGUCACAGGUUUUUGUAUUGGCAUAAUUCUGACCAGUAAAUUUGUUGCAGUUAAAAUAAGAUGAAGUCUAAACGUGAAAUUAUUAUCCAAACUAAAUGCCAAAAUGGCAAAACAAGAUUCUGCAAGAAAAAUGUCCCAUUGAUUGAUUGACUUUUACUUUAGGAUUUGGCAUGCAGAUUCACAAUAAUCUUUUACACAUGGUUGUGAAUGUAAAUGUAAUUGGUCUUAAAAAACGUUCCUUUAAACCAAAGCUUAAGUCAGCAAAAAGUGAAAAAAAUUAUCAUAGGCCACUCUAAACCUAAAAUGCCAGCUGAAAAAAUGAUAAAUUUGAGUAUGGCUUAAAGAUCAUUUUUAUAUAUAAAUUUGUAUAUUUUUGUUAGGUAAUUAUUUCAUUCUUUUAUCAUUUAUAUCAGAAUGCAGAUCUUUUGAGACUCAUUAGAUGUUAUGCCUAUUGUUUUCUACGUUGACAAGGUGUUCUUUUGCACUUGGCAAAAACUCCACAAAAUGCUUUUACCGAAAGAGGCUUGCGAUGUGUGUUUUUUAUCAACAAAUACCCAAUGAAUUUUAAACCAAGUUUCAAUAUUCUUUAUACGACGAUACUUUUGUUAACAGCGGAGAAUUUGGCAUAUAAAAAGCCGUCCUUACAUUCAUCAUCAAGAACAGCAAAUGGAAUCACAUUUGUUGCCAGCUUUGGAAAUGAUGGGAACAGAACUGGGGACUAUCAGCGAUGCAGUAUCACAAAAGCUGACGUGACACCCUGGUGGCAAGUGGAUCUUACAAGGCAAGCUGCUGUCACAAGUGUCCGAAUAAAGAAUGGUGCAACUUGGGGUUCAGAUAAAAUCAAUCCAUUCGAUGUCAGUGUUGGGGACGACAAGACGAAUGGCGGACGAAACAAUGCACUGUGUGUGAAAGUCGGGACACUGGCCAGAGGAGAGUUGAGAAAGUUCGAUUGUCCACAGGUCCUGAUGGGUCGUUACGUUAGUGUUUAUUUGAACAGGUUGGAAUAUCUUCAAGUAUGCGAGGUUGAGGUUUAUGAAGAUGUAUUCUGAAAAAAGGUUCAGAAAUCACGAUUCGUUCUCUAUUUCCUGGCAAGCACGAAUGCAUUCAAAGUGAAAAGCAAUAUAUCUAGCUACUAGCAGCCAUAGAGGAUUUGCACGAUGAAUUCAAAAUGCACAAAGAAUUCAUGCUUUUACAUAGUAUGCACAUGAAGCCGCAAAAUGUAUCCAGUUGUAAUUUAUAUUCUUUGAUUUUCAUUACUAUUCAGUACAGUAAUUAUGAACAGUGAGUUGGAGGCACAAAUCUUUUAGUUGUGACUUUUGCUAAAAGCAAGAGAUUUCCAUAAUAAAAAUCAACUUUAUUCUCGAAAUUUAUCAAGAUGUAAUAAGUAUUGUAUUUUAGGGUUUUCUGUCUAUUCAUUCAAGUAAUUAUGAACAGUGGGGUCGAAGGCAGAAAUUUCUUUACCUGUGACUUUUGGUUAUUCAAGAAAUUUCAAUUACAAAAAACUACUUUUUUCCGGAAAGAUUCUUAGAUAAAACUCCUUUAAGGAAGGAUAGCUUGAUGUUUUCUUUAAGCUCUAAUAUCUGUCAAUGCAAUUUUUGACUAAGAAAAAAAAAUCUCUAUUCUUUUGACUUUGUUAAAUAUAGCAAAGCAAAGACCACGAUAUAGUGUCAGAAACUGAUGUGAAUUAUAGUGUUGUUAUUUGAUUUAAGCUAUCAUAGUGUUGUUGAUUAUAUGUAAUAAUACUUUUUGGGCUUUGUUUAGCAGUUCAGGGUUGAUAUUAUUCAGAAAAUUCAAUUCGAGCUUAAAGAAUCCUCGUAAAAAGUAAAGCUUACUAACUUAAAAGACAAGGCCAGAAGGAUUUUAUCAAUAUAUUCCUACGUUGCAAUAAUUAUAUACGAUUCAUGGAUCAUUUAAUGAUAUUAAAGAGUGAUGUACAAGAGUUUGUUUUCUAGUUUCCACAACCUUUCUAUUUGCUAUCCUUUACUAAUGGAACACUUUUUUCAACCUCCGUGUU